AUGGCCGUACCCCUCGAUCAAACCUUCUGCUCGAUUCCGGGGAAAAUCGAGGCCGCGCCACGGCCCACGUUCACGUGGCUGAUCGACAUCAAGCCCGAGCUGGAUCGGGACACGCUGCAUCUCGAGUCGCCCACCUUCUACACGGAGUUCGGCGAGUACCAGAUGACGCUGGACACGGCCCCGAUGGCCGGGGGAAAGUGCCGCGAGUGCGGCGAGACGCUGCACCACGUCAUCUGGAUCUACGAGAGGAGGAUAAUCGUACCACGCGAGACAGAUGUGAUGGUGGAAGAGAGGAGCGACAUCAAGCGACACAGCUUCGAGCUGAAGAAGGGCGCCGAGGGCCUUCCCGUGAGAGUCUGCGGCCACUCCUUCGAACUGUUCUAUCACGAGUUCAUCGCGGUAUCGGAGAUCCGCGACAGCUCGAGACUCGCGAUCGUCGUGACCCUCGAGCGGCCCCCCGCCGACAUCGCCGAGAGGAUAAUGAUUCCCGCCAUCCACAUACACAGAGACCUGUGCGAGUACUUCAACGAGCUCUGGUGGAAGGGCGAGCGCGCCGACGUAAAAUUCGUGGUCGAGGGUCAGAUCAUGAAGGCGCACCGCGAGAUCCUCGCGGCCAGCAGCGACACGUUCCGGGAGAAGUUACGCGUCCAGGCCUCGCCCGAUUUUCCGGUCUGGGUGUCGCUGCACGACGUUCAGGCCAACGCCUUUCAGGUCUUUCUGCGCUGCAUCUACACGGGCCAGGUCGACAACAUCGACAGGUGGUGCUUGCCGUUGCUCAUGCUCGCGCAGAGGUACAAGGUCGACUGCGUGAAGCGAUUGUGCAUCAACUAUAUGAACAUCGUCAAGAUUAACUCGAAUCCCGGCGCGGACGUGAAGGCAUUACAGUUGGAGCACGCUCGGACCAGAGCGAAGUUCGAGGAAGAACUGAAGAAGGCAAGGGAGCGGAACACGAAGAAGAAGGAGAAGGAGGUGCAGGUGGAGGAGGAGGGCAAAGACGAUCCGAGCGUGCAGGCAGAAAAUACGAAGAACAGCAGGCUUGGAACGGAGGAGAGCGCGUCGACGAGCCUCGAGCCCCAGUACAUAAUACCGUUGGAAGAUCGAAGAGCUUCUCUUCCCGGCGAGCCCGACGAGCCACCUCCGCCGUACAGCUCGCCCGACCGGACUUCCCUUCCAGCCGAUGGUCCGGACAGCGACGACGAUCGCGGACCCUCGCCACCUCCGGCCUACUCGUCGAGCCCGACGGUCCAAGUGGAACAGCAGGUGCCGGUCGCUUCCACCAGUGGCUCCACCAGUGCCACCAGCGUCGCCGCCGCACCGCCGCUAUCGCCUACGCUACCACCGCCGCUACCGCGAGCGCAACCACGACGAGCCCGACCAGCACGACCAGCUGUACCGACCGACGACAUCUUGCCGGGCUCGAAGCCUCAUUUGAAGAACUGGUUCGAGAUACAGAAGGGCACCGUCGGUACCGAGGGAUCGAGGGCGUCGUCUGCUUCCCGCCGGUCGACGGUAUCCGCCACUUCCCGCCCGUCGACUCCUACCUCGCUGCCCUCCAACAAUUCGAAUCGCGAUUCCAACGCUUCUGUCGCACCGCUACCGACGAUCCCACCUGCGGAGCUUACUUAUUUGAAGCUCGACGUCUCGGCACUCUUGCUGAAUCGGACGUUUCCGGUGCCUCGUGUUCCUGGGCCAGAGCCGUCGGUCCCCGCCGAGAGGAGCUGCAGCGUCGAUAGUCUCGAGGAGCCACAGAAGAGUCCCGAGCCCGAGGCCCGGUCGAUCAACGAAAUGAAACAAGAAGUGAAUGGGUAUCUAACGAAGACGAAGGGCGCCUCCUUCACCGAACGCGUGCAAAGCCCGAGCCUCGACGAUGGCAAAGUCGAGACCGUCGACGAUGACAAAGACGGUGAGAAAGAAAUGACGGACAACUGCGACGAACUGGCUAUCGAAGUGGCUGCUAAGAUGCGGUUGGUAAACAACGAAUAUCAGCAGAGGUUAAGAAAGUUAUUGGAGACAAGUCUGAGAGAAGCCGAUGAGGCAAGAAAAAAAGCUGCCCAGGCUGAAUUAGAGACGGCGAACUGCAAUAACAAGCCCGGCGGUUCUACUGAAGCGUUUAAUUCUGUACUGGGGGAACUCUUAACUGUCUAUGAUCAAGUCAGUAAUAAUGAAGAAAAAUCCAAUGAAAAAGAAGACUCUCCCGAGGCAGUUGACUCGAAUUCUUUCAUGGAUAAAAUUGUAGCUGCUAUGAAGGAAGAUGUAUCCCUAACGGUUGAAGACUCCAAGGAAAUCGAAGGCUCUGGAGAUGAAAAUGAAACGGAAGACUGCGAUAAAAAUGAUGACCGUCGUAUCGAGGAAGCCCGUACGAGUUUCCUUGUUACCGAAGAAACCGAAGCCUCUGAAAAGACUUAUAAAAUCGAAGUCUUUCAUACGACCGAUAACUUAUCAGAUAUUCGCAGCGCUGCAAAUGAAGAAAUAUCUAAUGAAACCAUUGCAAAUGAAGAAAUAUCUAACCAAACGAAAAAGACUCACGAAUCAUCAACGAGUUCGACACUCCCUAAGGAAGCCAAAGACCCUGAAGAUGAAGAAAAAUCCAAUGAAAAAAAAGACUGUGAUAAAACUGAUGACCGUAGUAUCGGUGAAGCUCGUACGAGUUUCCGAGAUUCCGAGGAAACCAAAGCCUCUGAAGAGACUGACAACAUCGAAGUCUCUGAUACGACUAAAGACGCAUCAGAGAUGCGCAGCGUUGUGCGAGGCACUUCGAGUUCUAAAAUUUCGGAGACAUCUGAAACCUCUGAAAAGGAAGAAAAAUCCAAGGAAACGAAACAAUCUCACAAGAGUAACGACUGCAAUGGCGCUGAAAAUUCAACGAGCUUGACAGUCUCUAAGGAAGCCGAAGCUCCUGAAGACGAAGAAAAAGCCAAUGAAAAGGAAGACUCUGACGAGAGCGACGACUGCAAACUGGAACUGGAGGACUCUCUAGAUAGUUCUAGAACAGUCUCCGUUAUCGAGGAUUCAAUCCAAAUCUUGGAAGAGACUGAUAACAUCGACAUCGACGAUAUGAUUCAAGCCGUAGAGAUACGCGAUGCUUUAGAAGCCUCUGUGAGUUUUAAAGUUUCUAAGAAAUCUGAAGCCUCUAAUGAAACAGACGAGCAAGUUGAAAAAUCUGAUGAUGUAAAAGUCAGUCAAAAGAGUGAAGAUUCCAAGAGUGCAGAUGAUUCUUUGGAAUCUAAAAAUUUUGAAGAAAUCAACGGCUCUAUAAGUAAAGAAAAUUCAAAUGAAACUGAGGCCUCUAACGAGAUAAAAGACGCUGCAGAAAAUGAAGACUCCAAUGAGGUUGAAGAACCUGUACCCGCCGAGGACCCUCAGGAAUAUGAAGACUUCAAUGAGGUUGAAGAAGCUGUACCCUCCGAGGAUCCUCUGGAAUAUGAAGACUCCAAUGAGGUUGAAGUACCUGUACCCGCUGAGGACCCUCAGGAAUAUGAAGGUUCCAAUGAGGUUGAAGAACCUGUACCCAUCGAGGACCCUCUGGAAUAUGAAGACUCCAAUAAGGUUGAAGAACCUGUACCCGCCGAGGACCCUCAGGAAUAUGAAGGUUCCAAUGAGGUUGAAGAACCUUUACCCAUCGAGGACCCUCUGGAAUAUGAAGAUUUCAAUGAGGUUGAAGAAGCUGUACCCUCCGAGGACCCUCUGCAAUAUGAAGACUCCAAUGAGGUUGAAGAACCUGUACCCGUCGAGGAUCCUCUGGAAUAUGAAGGUUCCAAUGAGGUUGAAGAACCUGUACCCAUCGAGUACCCUCUGGAAUAUGAAGACUCCAAUAAGGUUGAAGAAUCUGUACCCGCCGAGGAUCCUCUGGAAUAUGAAGACUACAAUGAGGUUGAAGAAGCUGUACCCUCCGAGGACCCUCUGGAAUAUGAAGGUUCCAAUGAGGUUGAAGAACCUGUACCCAUCGAGGACCCUCUGGAAUAUGAAGACUCCAAUAAGGUUGAAGAACCUGUACCCAUCGAGGACCCUCUGGAAUAUGAAGACUCCAAUAAGGUUGAAGAACCUGUACCCGUCGAGGAUCCUCUGGAAUAUGAAGACUACAAUGAGGUUGCAGAACCUGUACCCAUCGAGUACCCUCUGGAAUAUGAAGACUACUAUGAGGUUGCAGAACCUGUACCCAUCGAGUACCCUCUGGAAUAUGAAGACUCCAAUGAGGUUGAAGAACCUGUACCCAUCGAGGACCCUCAGGAAUAUGAAGACUCCAAUGAGGUUGAAGAACCUGUACCCAUCGAGGACCCUCAGGAAUAUGAAGAUUCCAAUGAGGUUGAAGAACCUGUACCCAUCGAGGACCCUCAGGAAUAUGAAAAUUCCAAUGAGGUUGAAGAACCUAUACCCGCCGAUGAACCUCGGGCAAUUGAAAUAUCUAGCGAAGCUAAAAACUCUACGGACGAAGAAAAUUAUGACGCAAUCGGCGAAUAUAUAGAUGAUUCAUAUAAGCUCGAUCUCUUCUACAAGUAUGUUGAAAAAUGGGACUUGAGAUAG